UUGGUUCGACCUGUUCUCCAGGACUAUCAUCAGAAUAUAUAUAUAUUUUUUUCAACAGGCGCUUCUCUCUAUAAGCAAUUCAUCAACAUCAGAAUACCAUCUUAUUGCAAGAUUUCAUUGAUUUACAGCCAAAAAGGAGAUUCAGAGGGUACAACACAAGCCAUGUCAAGCAUAGGAUCAACUGCUCGUAUCAAGUGCUAUACAGAAGGGCAUAUUCGGUCCUGCCAAGAUUUUCGAACGUCUAUCGUUCUCCAUCCUGCUCAUGUAUCGGUCAUCCCAAGGUACAAGAAUAAAUAUGAUUUCCAGAGAAAGCAGAGCUUGCGAUCUUUCAGUUCUGUCAGGACUAUGGUUGUCUACAGCAGUGUUCAACCAGGAUCCUCGCCUCCUGAUUCUUCUCCUGGUUCAUGUUUGGGCAGGAAAAUGUGGCUUCUAGGAAUAGCAAUAUCAACGAUUCUUCCCUUUUGGACAAACAAAUGGGGGCCAUUCAAAAUAUUCGAAAAGCGAUUAGAAGCAGUUGUGGAGACAGUAGAAGAUGUUGCAGAGUUUGUAGAAAAGGUUGCUGAGGAAGUAGAGAAGGUAGCGGAGGAUAUUUCCGAUGAUAUGCCUGCAGGAAAACUCAAGGAUGUUGUUGAUUGUAUUGAAAAAGUGGCCGAAACAACAGCAAAGGAUGCUCAUCUAGUUGAUGAAUUCAUCGAUAAGGUGCAAGAUGUAGAAAAACAGGUGGAAACAGCGAUAGAUGAGGCCAUCGAUGAAGCAGAUGAAAAAACCAAAAAAUGAAGUCAACUUUCAGACAACACCACCACUUCCAAUGCUUUCUAUUUCUUUUGCAAUUAGUGGAUGAAGCUUGCUGAACUGUUGUUUAUAAUUUUGAUUUAAAUUAAUAUUUUAAUUUUUUUGGCUAUUAUUCUUCUGGAUAGAAUGCUGAUAGUUGUUUAUUAACAUUGAAUGUGAUAAUAACAAUAUUCUUAUUUAAUUUAAA